GCGGAUCCCCGCGCGCCGGCGCCCCCCGCGCGGCCUCCCGCGCCCGCCUCCCGCCCCCCUCCUCCCGGUGACGUCCGGGUCCCUGCCCGUCUGAAAACUCCGCGCCGCGGCGGCGGUGGAGGCGGCGGCAGCGGCGGCGGCGGCGGCGGCGGCGGAGGAGGAGCAGCGGCGAGCCGAGGCGGCGGCAGCGGCCCGAGCGGGAGCCCUAGCGGCGGCCGCGGGAGGCACGGGGAGCGCGCGGGCGGCCCGGAGCCCCGGGUCCCCGCGCCCCGCUCGCCCGCCCGCCCGCCGCGCUCCGCUCCGAAGAUGGUGGCGGCGCCGUGCGCCCGGAGGCUGGCCCGGCGGUCGCACUCGGCGCUGCUGGCGGCGCUCACGGUGCUGCUGCUGCAGACGCUGGUCGUGUGGAAUUUCAGCAGCCUGGACUCCGGGGCCGGCGAGCGCCUCGCCGAGCAGCCGCCCCCGGCGCCGGCCCCGCGCCGCGAGCGCCGGGACCUGCCCGCCGCGCCGGCUGCAGCCCGCGGAGGAGGCGGCGGCGGCGGCGGCCGCGGAGCUCGGGGGCCCCCGGCGCGGGCGCGGGCGGGCGGCGCCGGAGGAGCCCGGGCGCAGCAGCUGGUCGGGCGCGGGGCGCUGGACCCACACCCAAGUCCACUGAUCACCCUGGAGACCCAGGAUGGCUACUUCUCUCACCGGCCCAAAGAGAAAGUGCGGACAGACAGCAACAACGAGAACUCGGUCCCCAAAGACUUUGAGAACGUGGACAAUAGCAACUUUGCCCCGAGGACGCAGAAGCAGAAGCACCAGCCCGAGCUGGCGAAGAAGCCCCUGAGCCGGCAGAAGGAGCUUCUGAAAAGGAAGCUGGAGCAGGACAAGGGCAAGGGGCACCCCUCCCCGGGCAAAGGCGCCAACGAGGUGCUGCCUCCGGGCGAGAGAGCCCCCGGGAACAGUAGCCGCGGGAAGGAGGCCGCCCGACAGCCCCACGCCAGGAAAAGCGGGGGCAGCUCCCCCGAGAUCAAGUAUGACCAGCCCCCCAAGUGCGACGUCUCGGGCAAGGAGGCCAUCUCCGCCCUGUCCCGCUCCAAGUCCAAGCACUGCCGCCAGGAGAUCGGGGAGACCUACUGCCGCCACAAGCUGGGGCUGCUGAUGCCGGAGAAGGUGACCCGCCUCUGCCCGCUGGAAGGCAAAGCCAACAAGAACGUCCAGUGGGACGAGGACUCCGUGGAGUACAUGCUGGCCAACCCGGUCCGGAUCGCUUUCGUCCUGGUGGUGCAUGGCCGCGCCUCCCGGCAGCUGCAGCGCAUGUUCAAGGCCAUCUACCACAAAGACCACUUCUACUACAUCCACGUGGACAAGCGCUCCAACUACCUGCACCGCCAAGUGCUCCAGUUCGCCCGGCAGUACGGCAACGUCCGCGUCACGCCCUGGCGGAUGGCCACCAUCUGGGGCGGCGCCAGCCUCCUGGCCACCUACCUGCAGAGCAUGCGGGACCUGCUGGAGAUGGCCGACUGGCCCUGGGACUUCUUUAUCAACCUCAGCGCUGCCGACUACCCCAUCAGGACAAAUGACCAACUGGUGGCAUUUCUCUCCCGAUACCGAGAUAUGAAUUUCUUGAAGUCACACGGCCGGGACAAUGCAAGGUUCAUCCGGAAACAGGGCCUGGACCGGCUCUUCCUGGAGUGUGACGCCCACAUGUGGCGCCUGGGGGACCGGCGGAUCCCAGAGGGCAUCGCCGUGGACGGAGGCUCUGAUUGGUUCCUGCUGAACCGCAAGUUUGUGGAGUAUGUGACCUUCUCCACAGACGAUCUGGUGACUAAAAUGAAGCAGUUCUACUCCUACACCCUGCUUCCUGCCGAGUCCUUCUUCCACACGGUGCUGGAGAACAGCCCCCACUGCGACACCAUGGUGGACAACAACCUGCGCAUCACCAACUGGAACCGCAAGCUGGGCUGCAAGUGCCAGUACAAGCACAUCGUGGACUGGUGCGGCUGCUCCCCCAAUGACUUCAAGCCCCAGGACUUCCACCGCUUCCAGCAGACAGCCCGGCCCACCUUCUUUGCCCGCAAGUUUGAGGCGGUGGUGAAUCAGGAGAUCAUCGGGCAGCUGGACUAUUACCUGUACGGGAACUACCCCGCGGGCACCCCCGGGCUCCGCUCCUACUGGGAGAACGUCUACGACGAGCCCGACGGCAUCCACAGCCUCAGUGACGUGGCGCUGACCUUGUACCACUCCUUCGCCCGCCUGGGCCUCCGCAGGGCCGAGACGUCGCUGCACACCGAUGGGGAGAACAGCUGCAGGUACUAUCCCAUGGGCCACCCAGCAUCUGUCCACCUCUACUUCCUUGCUGACCGCUUCCAGGGCUUUCUGAUCAAGCAUCAUGCUACCAAUCUGGCCAUGAGCAAACUCGAGACGCUGGAGACAUGGGUGAUGCCAAAGAAGGUCUUCAAGAUUGCAAGCCCACCCAGCGACUUUGGGCGGCUCCAGUUUUCCGAGGUUGGCACUGACUGGGAUGCCAAGGAGCGGCUCUUCCGCAACUUCGGGGGCCUCCUGGGGCCCAUGGACGAGCCGGUGGGCAUGCAGAAGUGGGGCAAGGGCCCCAACGUGACCGUGACCGUCGUCUGGGUGGAUCCCGUCAACGUCAUCGCAGCCACCUACGACAUCCUGAUCGAGUCCACGGCCGAGUUUACCCACUACAAGCCCCCUCUGAACUUGCCCCUGCGGCCGGGGGUCUGGACCGUGAGAAUUCUCCACCACUGGGUGCCGGUCGCAGAGACCAGAUUCCUCGUCGCACCUCUGACCUUCUCCAACAGGCAGCCCAUCAAAACGGAGGAGGCGCUGAAGCUGCACAACGGGCCCCCCCGCGGCGCCUACAUGGAGCAGAGCUUCCAGAGCCUGAACCCGGUCCUCAGCCUGCCCGUGAGCCCGGCGCAGGUGGAGCAGGCGCGGAGGAACGCGGCCUCCGCCGGCGCCGCGCUGGAGCGCUGGCUGGACACGCUGGUGGGCGGCAUGUGGACCGCCAUGGACGUCUGCGCCACGGGCCCCACCGCCUGCCCGGUCAUGCAGACCUGCAGCCAGACGGCCUGGAGCUCCUUCAGCCCGGACCCCAAGUCGGAGCUGGGGGCCGUCAAGCCCGACGGCCGGCUCAGGUAGCACCGGACACACACGGGUGGGCCGCGGCGGAUGUCAAAGGGAACACAGCCCGAGGGCCCCCCGCCCUGGGGGCGCCUUUUGCGGGAGGGGCUCUCCUGGCCAUGGAAACAUGCAGAAGGAAGGUUCUGAGGCCAAAGCAGGGUCUGCCGACUACGACGACCUGCACUUGGCGAGCUGGCUCCUGGGGGUGUGGUCUUACCUCUUCCGGCUGGUCCUCGAGUCCUACAGGGUCCUUGUCUUCCCCUCCAGCGACCAACCCCCGAGACGAGUGGUCCUCAGACUUUCCCUUUGAGCAGCAGAGCUCUGUUUACGAAGCGCAGCGGCGGGUGGCCUUCUAGGUGCAGGUGACACCCAGGUUGCUCUGGGCAGAGCCAGGAAGAGGGAGAUUCUCCCUCCUCGCUCAGCCCGCCGGGCGGUCCCUUCGCCAAGGGCAUCUCCUACGGUACCUCUCCAGAACCCAAGGGCUCUGCAAAAACCCAUUUCGAAAAGCACUGCCCAGACGGUGGGUUUGAUCGCCAGCCCCACCCUUCGGCUCCUCUUCCUGCCCCGAAAUGACAGGUCCCUGAGAUCAUGCUCACGGGCUCUCCCCAGGGAGGCAGCAGGCCUCCCACCAGCCCUUCUUCGCCACCACAUGAGCAGGGAAGCCUGUGGCGUGGCCAAGGUCCAGCAGGGUGUGACUGCCAAAGGUCCUGGAUCCCGUGCCCCCUCCCUCGAGGGAAAAUGGGAUGAUGACUAUCACGUCUCCAGCCGUUCAUGGGCCAGGAGACCAAGGCCAGGAUCUUGCGGAUCCCGGACAGCGGGAACACCGGGGCCCAUGGCCAUGAAACGCCUAGAGAUGGUUUGGAGCAAAACUCCCGAGCUAGUCAGCGCAGCAAUAUCGGUCCCCGGCCUGAGCCCUUCCAUUCUGAGGUCAGGCUCUCCCACCGCCCACACCUUUGGGAAUUGCAGUCGGUGCUGUUGGGAGUGACCAAACCAGACUUUUCACGUCCAGGAAAAAAGCAUUUCCGAUUUGGUUCUUAAAUUCAUGCCCUUCUUUUAUCCCAGGCGACAUGCCGUGUAAAAGUGGGACCCCUGAGAGUCCGCUUGUUUAAAGCCUAAACGAGAGUAGUGUCCCAGCGGCCUGCGCUCCCAGGAGCCUGGAGGGUUUCCUUGCCAUAUGCCCCAUGGAGCGUCCCCCGCUCCUCUGAGAGCCUCUCGCAGGAGACUCGCUUCUCCCUCUGGUCCCAUCCCUGGCUGCAAACUGCCCUUCCCGGAGAGCCAGUUCCAGGCGCGUCUCCCAAGCAGGAAUACGAAGGUACCGCCCUUUGCUCCCAUGACCUUUCAACUGUUGCCCCCGGAACGACCCCAUCCCCCACCCAGCCAGGCAGGAUGUCCCAUGGGCCAUGGAGUCUACAGAGAAAGGACACUUUGGGUAUUUAUUAUUUAUGUUUUAGUCAAUGACUAAUUAGUAGGUGCUGUUUUUGCAGCUUGUCAAUUAUGUUCUCUUACUAACGGAAGCUGCCUUUGUUCACAAAAGGCGCCCCAGCCCUUCCCCUCCCUGUACUCCCCCAGUCACCAAGCUCCUAGUGUCUGUCUCUGUUUCUUGGCGUGUGUCUGCCCUCCGUUCUCCGAGUCCUCAGCAGGGGUGUUGGACAGCAUCAUGUCCUGGCUGAAAGGGGGAACCUGGGGAACAUGGCGCCCCACCUUUCCUUACGCAGGGCGUGAGCUUCAUCUAGCCCCCCCUCCCGUUCCUGGGGGUGUUGGAAUUCCUGAGCCAUCCCCACUCCCACCCCAGGCACAGGGCAGGCCCAGCACCUGAGGCGGGAGAGUGUGCCGACCACAGAGCUCAACAGUCCUGCUUCCUCCUCACUUACCUCCCUCAGCCGGUCUGGCCAUGCACUUCCAUGUAGCAUGACAAGAUGCACAGGGAAACCAGCUGCUCCAGGCCUGGGAGGAAAAGAGAUCCUUGUCAGGAAGAGGGGAGGUGGUCGGAUGGGGCCAGGUAGGUGGAUGCUGUCAAUAGUGGCCCUAGGGACCUCAGAGCGGCUUUCUCAGAAAACCCCUGUCAUCGCUAAAUGGACUUAAAGUGGUGGGAGGCCUGUGCCACAUCCCCUCUCUGCCCUCAGCUUCUGGCCAUGUCCCUGUGCCUGUCCGAGCUACCCAGGAAGCCUCCCUCCUCCCUCCUCACCAGGCCGAGGACAGGGUGUUUCCCGCGGUGCCACUGCAGUGGCUGCGGAGUGUGUGCCUGCAGGCUCCUGCGCAGACCUUCCUGCACUUGUUGAUGAGGCUGCCUCCUCUUCCCACCCUGAAACAGGUGUGGCAGUGGCAGAGCUGGCUUAUUCUGGGGACACCCACACCCCAUCCCUGUCCUUGGCUUCCAUCACCGCUCCCCGCAGUGCAUUCUGGGACACAGAGAGAUCAUCUGGCUAUUUCUUAAUGUCUUUUGUUUCCGGACAGAGAACAACUUUGCAGAUGUUACUUUAGGGAGAAAAGGGAGAGAGAGAAUUCCAGACAAAGCCCAGGAUGAUUUGAGAAAAAGCGAUCUUUUCCGGGGAAAAUGGUUUAAUUCGUUCUUUAAUCUCCCUGAGCAUGGUUUACUGGUCAGACAGCCUUCGGCAAUGGUGCCCGAGGGCGUCAGUGAAAAGCAGGAGGCCGAGGUCUCCGGAGGCCCUGUGCAGGCUGCGCACGGGCUGCACCCCCUGGGCCCGGGACUGCAGGAAAGCUGGAAGGUGGGACAGGGUCAGCUUUGGGCAGGAGGAAGCAGUGAGUAGGCUGUGGCACUCGGCAGUUUCCCAGCCUGCCCCGGGACCGGCAGGCCCCCUUUCUCCCUCCUCACCAGGCCUCAAGGCCUCUGUUUCCCACAGUGUCAUUUGAACCGCUGAGGUCCCUAGAACCACUCUCCCUCCUGGUGGCCUGGUGAGGAGAGAGAGAGAGUAUAGGAGGUAGGCAGCCCUCCCAAGUCCCCCCACACAGGCCUUGCACUAUGUCUGGAGAGGAGGGGAGAGGGGGGAGCAAUUCCCAGGGCCCCCAUGUUUAACAAAUGCACCCGUUCCUUCCUGUGGAGCAAGGCCUUUCUGAUCAGAUCGGAGCCAUCCUGACUUCAUUUCCCGUUGUUGGCUGAACUUCUUAAAAUGCAGGUGGCCUUGAGACAGGCUGAAAGGAAGGCCACACAAGCCCAUGAAGGUGCAGAGCGCAGCUACUCUGGUCCCCGCUUCCUCCUGGUUCUCUAGUUUCCAGGUUCAAGAAAGUCACAGGCCAGAACCCGGGUCUCUUUUCUGAGAAGGUGCAGAAUAGAGGGGAGCACUGGCUGCUGGGUGUGGUUGUGAGCAAAGACCCCUUUCCCAGCCGCCUUCCCUAGGAACUCAGGACACAAGCUCCCCAGCAGCAUCCAAGGCGGAGACACUAGAAAAGCUGCUGGCAAAGGCCUGCCAGGCACCCCAUGGUCAAGGCCAUAAGUAUCCAGAGGGGGUUUGCUGGCAGCACAUGCCCCCCCCCCCCCCCCCAAAAAAAAAAAAAAAAAAAAAAAAGAGCAGCAGCUCCCCAGCUCCAGCCUGCUGGUACCUGUGAGCAUGCAGGCGCAGCUCAGCAGAACCUUCCAGUUUGGUAAAGGAAGCCAGAAAUCCAGACUUCAAUAGGAAAUCUGAUUUUUAAAUGUUGGCUUUUUUUUUUUUUUCUUUAACAGAGGAUGGGCACAGAGAAAUGCCACAGCUCAGCCUGUGGACCUCGCUCUGCAGAGGUGGGUGAAAAGGAGGUUAGGCGUGGCCCCGGUGAGGUGAGGAAAGCCAGUGUUAAGGGCAAAAAUAGUAGCUCCUGUUGAAUGCUGAAGGGAAAAGGAAUCUCUUCCUAGUCAUUCCCGUCCCACAGGUGUCCCCGGUCCCGGGAGAACCGGCUCAUCCUGAUCCCCACAGUUUGUGCUGGAGGGAAGGAGGGACACAAUCUGGAUACCCCAACGGUUGCCCCUGUACCCAAGGAGGUCCACACCUAGGCGGAGGGGUCAAGGAUGGGGGCCAGAAAGAGGGGGUGGCGUGGGAAACGGCCCGGCUCACUCCAAACCCCAGGUUUUAGCAGCCAGCUUGCCACACAUCUGGAAGCUUCCCAGGAAGCCCUGCUGGAGCUGAGCUCAGCCCCAGAAUGUCCUCCCAGCCUCUGCCUCAGUUACCUUACUUUGCCCAUGGGUCUACCACAGGCGCUACCUCACUGUGUCUGCUGAGAAGUUUACCUGCAGGGGGUGGGGAGGGAGGGAGAAGUGGAGAUAAAGGUGGCCAAAUCUGCUUGGGCUGAAUGUACAAUCUAUGCAAAUUCUCUCUCUCCCUCCCUCCCUCCAAUUCUCUAUUUUUCACCCUGCAAACAAAAUACUGUAUAGACCCCUCUUAAGACCAAGGAGGGCUUUCUUGCGCCACCCAUGUCCGCCCCUAGCGUUGGCUUUGGUUCUGUCCUUGCCCGCCCCAUGCAGGGAGCACGUGGCCCACCCUUCCGGUCCCCUCAGCUGGGCCUUCUCCAGCUGCCUCUGCCCACCACCGCCCCCCCCCCCCAAUUCCUAAUUAAUCGUCUCCAUUUCUCCCUUUCUCUGACUUGCCGUAUCUUCCCCCCAUCCCCAUCCCCAAAAAGCCUUAGGUUCUCCUUUUUGAAAUGUGGCCUUAAAAUUAUUUUUGGAAAGCUGACCGCCCUCUCCCUCCCGUUUCCACCCACAUCCUAGAAGAAAGAGCCCCUUGAAGCUUUCUUGGAAACCUCCUAAGCAAGGGGCGGCCAAUCUGGAGUCUGCAGACGCUUAGAAAUUGCUAAUAACUGUCGUCUUUAGGAAAAAUGUGUUUCCCAGGGGCGAACUGAAGGCCUGGGUGCUCACCUGCAGCUCAGCCGGCUCCUGCAGCUCUCCCCCGCCCAGCGCCGCGGUGAGGGGGCGGCUUCCUUACCCUCGGAGAGCUAACCCCAGCUCUCCAGCCCUCCCCUUCCCAAAGACGCCCGACUUACCUCCUCAGUCAAGGGUGAACCUGGAGAGUUCCUCAAAUUGAUCUCUUUGUCCUUCCUGCCAGGAAAGAGAGAGCAUUAAGGAUUCCCAGCGGAUGGGUCUUGUUCUCCAAGGGCAACACUCUCCCUAGGUCUAGAGCCCCUCCCAUCGCUCCAGGGCUGAUGGAGGCCAAAGACAACCCAGGGUUUUCAUAGGAAAUUCACUGGAAUUGCGCGCAAUCGUCUUUGUAGUCCUUCCUUUUUUUUUUUUUUUUUUUUUAAUUCUUAAUAUUAUUAUGUUGUCAGUAGCAUUGGGUAUUUUUUUAGAGGCCUCACAAUAAGUUAUUGCCGUCCCCUUCAUUUCUUUUCCCGGAGACAUGUGGUGAUAUAGUUUUUAAAAAAAUAACUAUUUUGUUAUAGAUCAUAAUAUGCAUAAAACUGUACAGAAAUAUUUUGUAACGUAUUGAUUUUUUUAAAAAGAGAGAAUCUGUAAAUAGAGUUUUAAAAAAAGAGAGAGAGAAUUCAAAAGGCACACACUGAAAGAUGUAGAUAUUUUGCUAUUUAUUUAAAGGAGUAUUUUAAGAGAUAUUGAGCUAUCUGAAAUUGACCAGUAAUCAAAGUUCCAAUCAACCCAAAUGCUUUUUUCCUCGCGGUAGAAUGUGAUUCUCAGAAACGAUUGCACUACCCGCCCAUUUUUGCACCUUUUCUGUCUUUUCCUUUAGCAGAAAAACAACGAAAUUGUGCCUUAGCUGUAUUUUUUUGUCUAGGGGAGUUUGUUUCUGUCCGACAAAGCAAAUUCUUUUGCAGAAAACAGUGGAUGUAAUAAAUACUGUACCAUACCAAAAACACUGCAGGUGUACAUAGAUGCUUUCUGUCAUACCGUGUUUUCAGAUGCAGAAUUUUAAAAUUAAAAAAAAAAAUACUAUCUUUAUGGAA